GCGGGGCGGAGGCGCCGAUGGCGGCGCCGCGCUCGGUGCUGCUGCUGAGCGGGAAGAGGAAAUCGGGAAAGGAUUUCGUGGCCGAGGAGCUGCGGAACCGGCUGGGCCCUGAUGUCUGCACCAUUCUGCGCCUCUCCGGGCCCCUCAAGGAGCAGUACGCCAAGGAGCACGGGCUGGACUUUGAGCGCCUCCUGGAUGCCAGCGCCUACAAGGAGAAGUUCCGCCAGGACAUGAUCCGCUGGGGCGAGGAGAAGCGGCGCGCCGACCCCGGCUUCUUCUGCCGGGCCGCGGUGCAGGGGGCGCUGCAGCCGGUGUGGGUGGUGAGCGACACACGGCGCCUCUCAGACGUGGAGUGGUUCCGGGCCGCCUACGGGGGUGUGGUGCAGACCGUGAGGGUGGUGGCUACUGAGGAGACGAGGAAGAGGAGGAACUGGGUGUUUGUCACUGGGGUGGACGACGCCGAAUCUGAGUGCGGCCUGGACCAGGGAAUGGCCUUUGACUGGGUGAUCAGCAAUGACGGCGAUGAGGUGGCCCUGGGCGAGCAGCUGGAGGAGCUGGUGCAAUCUGUCCACAGGAGCCUAUAGCUCCAUGUCUCUCCACUGGGGCUUGGGGGCUGAAUUAUCCCCCCAGCCCCUCAUCUCCACCUCCUGCUGAUGUUUCCUGUUCUGGAAUAAAGCUCUGACACUGAGAACC